CCCGGAUCUUGUUUGAUGUUGUCUUGUUGAGGCGUGGACAGGCUCACGGGACGUCCGCGUGAUCACCUCAGGAUUGGGGUUGGUCUUGUUUGAUUGAGAGACACCAGGAAUUCUGCAGUCUUACCGCAACUUUGCAAAGGAUGCCAAGAAUACCGAUUGAUACCUGGAGGAAUCCAAUCGAAGGAUGUGCCCCAGAUGAAUUGCGCCAUUGUGGUCCAGGGCCCUCUCACCGCUUCGUAUUCUUUUUCUAGAAGAGUGGGGACGGCCCUUAGGACGCUGGGUCGACCCGAGAAGUGGAAUUCACGGCCAAUAUUCGGGAUAUAUCCAUCGACUCGUAACGAGGGAUCCGGAGCGUACGCCAGAAUGAGAACCACUUCUGAUUCUUUGACCCCUAUCAAAUCCCGCGCUAUAGCGUCCACAUAGCGGGAUCUUUGUGGGAGCAAGUUCAAUGGGAAGGCAAACUUCGCGAUAACCAAGAAAACCUGAUAUUGGGCAUGGUUGGAAACCUUAUUGCGCGGGUCUCGGUGGUAAUAAGCAACGUUAUAUCCGAAUUAGAGCUCAUGUCAGAUUUGGCGAUCAGACAUUGGGCUAAAGGAGCCUCAGAGGAGGGGAAAUUGAGAGUCGGAAGGAAUCAGGAAUCAGGAGGGCACUUUGAGUUUCAGAUCCUGGGUGUGAUCCCCUCCAGACGACAACUUUUAGACUUUGUGGCUGUGUUGAUUGGUCUGUUCCCAAGUCUUUUUGCUCCUAGUAUUCGAACAUUUAUUAGACGAGCCGACCAGUAGGUAUGCAUUGGGCGGUGAUAAUGAAACAGUUGUUAGUUGGUGAUAUAUCCAACUGGAAAGAUAUUGCGAAGCUAGCCGAUUGUCGCGCACAACGCGGCAAACUGAUUCGGGGGGGGGCGCUAAUCCAUUUCGGUCGCCAGUUUUAUUAUGGACCUCACUAAGUAAGCUAAGAAUGAUCUUGCCUAGUUCCUAGGAUGUACUUAAGUAUGAAUAGAGUCCUGUUUCCUUGUAACCGUUAUGUACGUCAUUCCGUACGUAUGCUGCUAAUUAUGUAGGAGCUAGGAGCUUCCUCCUCGACUGGAGAUAUUCGAGCUCUCCAGUAACCAAUUAACCUUCAAGAUUGAAUAACGGUAAAGUUAAGUGGUCGUCGUUUACCUGUCAGAAAACUGUUGAACUCUACCUAGUAGUAUGAACCCUGAGAGUAUCCAUCGAUUGCAAGAUUGACUGGAUGAACG